GUGAAAGCUUCCCCAUUUCUUCCAGAGACGACGAGAGAGAAAACAGAGGUUCCGGCGACAGCGAGGUAGGGUUCCGGCGGCGAUGGCGAUGGCGGCGGCGAGGAAGGCGACGUCCAGCACCGCGGCGCGGUCGGCGUCGGCGAGGUUCGGCCAGACGAGGCCCCACUCCUCCGGCACCAGGGCCUCCAGCGUCGGCGAGGAGGAGAAGCUUGCUCGUGAGGCGGUUGGGCGCGAGAUCCAACAGAAGAAGGAGGAGCUCUACGACGUGAUCGCCAAGGCAGAGCAGAGUUUUGGGACUCGCAGCUUCCAGAACAUGCGCCUACUCCAGCACCUCUCCGUGCAAGUCAACCCAAGGCCGUGGGACUGGGAGUGGUACGAUGACACGCGCAACUUGUCUAUUUCUUCUUCUUAUGAUUCUUCCUUUUCAUUCUUGCUUGUAGCUGAUGAUGUAGUCUGGCCUGACCCACUAACCUGCAGGCACCAUCUCUGGUUUUCGAGGAGGGUGAACAGCGUGCUGGAGAUAGCUGGCUUCUUCUCGCUAGGUUGCAUGGGUGCCCACUGGUCGAAGAAGUACCAGAAGUUGCAUGAAGCGAGGGAGGAGCUUCGGGGCCUGGAGGAGGAGCUCCGUGUGCUGAAGGAAGAGCAUGAAGCAGGAGAAUGGGGUCGCCUGGUGUCGGACUAG